AGCCUUGGCUGGGUUUUAAAGUUUCGGUUGCCCAGCGACGCCGGGUUGUUGUCGAGCUUGGGGUUGCCACGCCGGUUUUUCCUGCGGUCGCGCCCUGCUCCUCAUCCCGGCUCCCUCCUGGGCCGUCUUCAGCCUCCCAGCUACCCCGGGCCAGGAGUACAGUACGCCGUCCCCCAGCCCCAGCCUCGCCCGGACGGACGCUCGGCCCGGAGCCCGAGUGAGACGGACUAAAGAUCGGCAAGCACCCGGAGGUGGGCUGUCCUUUCUGUAGUUCACUUGCUCUUCGUAGUAUGUGUUGGGCGCUUAUUUGCACGGACUUGCAUGGACUGCAUCCUGUGUGGAACCCGAGAGAAGCAGGGAACUGAAGAAGGCGAGCGGCAGGGCGAGAACCCGGACCCUUUUCUAGCCUUUAAUGCAUCGGUCAGAAGAAUUGUGCUCGUUUGCUUACCUUGAUCUCCAAAAUGAGAAAUACUAGCAAGGACCUUACGCUACCUACCAGUCGCUAUGCCCCUUGUGAUUGGUAUUACCAUCUUCCAUUGAAAAGAUCUGAGAAGUCCUCAGAAAUUGCCCUUCCUCCAACAUCCCAGAUUCCAGGCCUGAGUGAACUUGCAGAGCCACAUAAUGAGAUUACAUUUGGCUCCCGAAGAAAUUGGAUAAAAGACACUGACUCAGAAUAUGUCAAACUUGCGAAACAAGGCGGCAGACCUGAUUUAUUGAAACAUUAUGCCACUGGUUCAAGAAAAGGCUCUCCUGUUGCAUAUUCUAUGCCUGAAUGGUAUACUCAUCACAGUAAACCACCAACUGCUGAACAGAAAGAAAUACAUGUAUCUUCCAUGCCAGAGUAUAUGGUUUAUGAAGAGUUUAACCCUGAUCAGGCCAAUGGUAACUAUGAAUCCAAAAGGGGGCCUUUUGAUUUUGACAUGAAAACAGUUUGGCAGAGGGAAGCUGAGGAGCAUGAAAAGGAGAAAAAAAAGGUGAAACUGCCAGCAAUUAACUCAAGGUAUGCAAGCAGAGCAGGAUCUACUGCUGGUUCUAAAGACAAUGCAAGGAAUAGGUUUUCAUUCCCUCCUGUGCCGGGUCACAAAAACAAUGAACCAACGAACUUCACCAAACUAAUUAGCAAUGGUUAUAAGGAUGAGUGGUUACAACAUCGUGGAGAUACAGGAAAAAAAUCUCCACCAACAUCUAAAAUUUCAGAGGCGUCUGAGUCAUCUGUGACUACUCCAUUGCUUCAAGAUUCAGAGGUUCCAGAAAGUCCUGAGAAACCUGAAGAUACACCAGUAUCUGAGUCUGGAGAAACACCGAAGGAACUCGAUUGAAAUCUGUAGCUAAUAUUAGAAAUAUUUUUUAAAAUGCAAAAUGUAAUGAUACUAUAAGCAACUAUAUUUAUAAAACCUUUAUUAUUAUCUUAUAUUAAACUAGAUUUUUAAGAGAUUAUCUAUCUUGCAGUGAAAUUUUACAUUCCUGCAGUAUAGAUCAUGUAUUUUUCUUACUUUGUUUCAUUUUUCUGGAUGGCAACAUAUUGGUCAACAAAUUAAAGUAAGACCUUUUUGUUACCUCUUUUUCUGCUGAACUGGUGAUUUCCCCACAUCAUUGAUGCCAAUUAUUUUUUCCCCUGCAUAGUACAAUAGGACAUAUCAGCUACUGCUUGAUACUGUUUGGUGGCAUUUCUGCUGAAAUAGACUGUUGAGACUCUAAUAGCCUGUAAGUUAUAGUGUUGAAAGUAAAAGGAUCUUAAUAAAACAAGGGUAUAAGAUGAUAUACGAGUUCUACUUAGUACUUUAAUUCCUCGUAGAAACAAUUUUAUAUGUGUUUUGAAAGUUAUAUAUUCAGACUGUUUAAUAUAUUUAAUACUAGAAUAUUAUGCUAUUGGUUCAUGUUAAGUAAAAAAGGUUUUCUUAAUUGUAUCUGCCUUGAAAGUUAUUAAACACUUAAUAUAAGAAUA